GUGCUUGUUUCGUAAUUCGUAUAUAUUGAAAGAACUUGAUUUCAACAACUUCUCAUUUCUAAAACCUUUUAAAAAUCUCUCUACCACUUCUAAUUGGACUUGAUUUCCCACCCACCAUAGACUCUUCUUUUCCAUUGUUAGCGACCAUCUAUUAUAAAGGGAAAGGCUCUUAGCUGCAGAGACACAAUAACCAUUUGGUGAUCAUGAGCGCUAAGAAUCGCAUAAACAAUGUCGGAGAAGAUGUUGAUAUCGAAAUCCCUGACACUGCUCAUCAGAUAAGCAGCGAUUCAUGGUUUCAGGCAGCGUUCGUUCUGACAACCAGUAUAAACAGCGCAUACGUGUUGGGAUAUUCAGGAACAGUCAUGGUUCCUUUAGGAUGGAUUGGUGGUGUGGUUGGUCUUAUUCUUGCUACUGCAAUAUCACUCUAUGCAAACACUCUUGUAGCCAAGCUUCAUGAGUUUGGUGGCAAAAGGCACAUUCGUUAUAGAGACCUCGCGGGAUUCAUUUACGGUAGAAAGGCUUAUUGUCUUACAUGGGUGUUGCAAUAUGUCAAUCUUUUCAUGAUCAAUUGUGGUUUCAUCAUACUAGCUGGUUCCGCCUUAAAGGCUGUUUAUGUGGUUUUUAGGGAUGAUCAUGUCAUGAAGUUACCUCAUUUUAUAGCCAUUGCGGGUCUGAUUUGUGCGGUUUUUGCGAUUGGGAUUCCUCAUUUAUCGGCUCUUGGGAUCUGGCUUGCGGUUUCGACCAUCCUCAGCCUCAUCUAUAUCGUUGUGGCAAUCGUGUUAUCCGUUAAAGAUGGAGUUAAAGCACCUUCAAGAGAUUACGAGAUACAAGGAUCAUCACUAAGCAAACUUUUUACCAUCACUGGAGCAGCCGCAACACUAGUUUUUGUAUUCAACACAGGGAUGCUUCCAGAAAUUCAGGCAACAGUAAGGCAACCGGUUGUAAAAAACAUGAUGAAGGCUCUAUACUUUCAAUUCACGGUGGGUGUUUUACCGAUGUACGCGGUUGUAUUCAUCGGAUAUUGGGCUUACGGAUCCUCAACCUCGGCUUAUCUACUAAACAACGUUAAUGGCCCAGUUUGGGUCAAAGCCCUUGCUAACAUCUCCGCUAUCCUUCAAUCCGUUAUCUCUCUGCACAUUUUUGCAAGUCCAACAUAUGAGUAUAUGGACACAAAGUUUGGGAUCAAAGGAAACCCAUUGGCGUUAAAGAACUUGUUGUUUAGGAUCAUGGCAAGAGGCGGGUACAUAGCGGUUAGUACGCUUCUCUCAGCACUCUUACCAUUCCUUGGGGACUUCAUGAGCCUCACUGGUGCAGUGAGCACAUUCCCUCUCACAUUCAUUCUAGCCAACCACAUGUACUAUAAGGCUAAGAACAAUAAGCUCAAUCCUUUGCAAAAGCUAUGGCAUUGGCUCAACGUUGUCUUCUUCAGUUUGAUGUCUGUUGCUGCCGCCAUUGCAGCUCUUAGGCUCAUCGCCCUUGACUCCAAGAACUUCCACGUUUUUGCAGAUUUGUAAUUCUAUAUAUAGUCAUUGUAUUGGUUGGAUUUCUUAUCAAUAAAACUAAUUUUUAAUAAGAUAAUCGACGUAAUGCUUGUUA